AUGGCGGCGAUCCAGCAUUUGUUGCAAAGGGCCUUGAGACCUCCGUGCUCGUUACAGUCACAACUGGCAGGUGAAGCCGUGCGAUCGUCCUCCCAUGCGACGCCGCUGCGAGCAGUCACGAAGCUUCCUGGCCUCGUUCGCGGACAGGCGUCCGCGUCCGCGUCAGCGGCGGCGUCCCAGCGAGGCGCAGCAGCUGGCGGACGGGCGGGUGGGCGCGGGGACUCGUUGCGAUGCAGCGCGCAGGCAGCACCGGGCGACGCAGGAGCAGCACAGCAGCAGCAGCGCGAGGGGGAGGUGUUGGGACAGCUGAGGCGCAUCCUGGACCCGGACCUGGGGGCGGACAUAGUGUCGUGCGGCUUCAUCAAGAACCUGCAAGUGGACGAGGCGGAGGGCGCUGUGACCUUCGACAUGGAGCUCACCACGCCCGCCUGCCCCGUCAAAGACUCGUUCGAGGCACAAGCGCGCGAGUACGUGGGGUCGCUGCCGUGGGUCAAGACUGUUGCCCUCACCAUGACAGCUCAGCCGCCCAAGCCGCUCGUGGCAGAGGAAGUGCCACGUGGCCUGCAGAGAGUGGCCAACAUCAUCGCUGUAUCCAGCUGCAAGGGCGGGGUGGGCAAGUCAACAGUGGCGGUGAACUUGGCGUACGCGCUGCACGGCAUGGGCGCUAAAGUGGGCAUCUUUGACGCGGACAUCUACGGCCCCUCCCUGCCCACCAUGGUCUCGCCCGAGCUCCGUGUGCUGCGCAUGGAUGCGGAGACGAGGGAGAUCAUGCCAACGGAGUACCUGGGCGUCAAGCUCGUCUCCUUUGGCUUCGCCGGCCAGGGCAGUGCGAUCAUGAGGGGCCCCAUGGUAUCAGGGGUGAUAAACCAGCUGCUCACCACCACAGACUGGGGGGAGCUGGACUACCUCGUCAUUGACAUGCCGCCCGGCACUGGAGACAUCCAGCUCACGCUCUGCCAGGUGGUGCCGCUGACAGCAGCAGUGAUCGUGACCACGCCACAGAAGCUCGCCUUCAUCGACGUCGCCAAGGGCGUGCGCAUGUUCUCCAAGCUCAAGGUGCCGUGUGUGGCAGUGGUGGAGAACAUGGCCUAUUUCGAGGCAGACGGGAAGCGCUACUUCCCCUUUGGCAAGGGGUCGGGCAGCGAGGUGGUGGCGCAGUUUGGCAUCCCACACCUCUUCGAGCUGCCCAUUCGCCCCGAGCUGUCAGCAGCGGGGGACAGCGGGCAGCCGGAGGUGGUGGAGGACCCGUUGGGCGAGGUGGCUCGCACGUUCACGGACGUGGGGGCGUGUGUGGUGCAGCAGUGCGCCAAGCUGCGGCAGCAGGUCGCCACAGCAGUGCUGUAUGACGAAGCUCUGAGGGCCCUGCGAGUGAAGCUUCCAGGAAGCGACGAGGAGUUCUUCCUGCACCCGGCAACAGUGCGACGCAACGACCGAUCGGCGCAGAGCAUUGACGAGUGGACGGGGGAGCAGAAACUGCAGUACAGUGACGUCAGCGAUGACAUCAUUCCCGAGAGCGUUCGGCCAAUGGGCAACUACGCCGUCUCUAUUGUGUGGCCUGAUGGGUUCAGCCAGGUGGCACCAUUUGACCAAUUGGAGGAGAUGGAGCGCAUCGUGGAUGUGGAGGGCAGGCGAGAGGCCGUGGCUGCGUUCAAGGAGCAGGAGAGCAGAGCCGGGGCUGCUGAUGUGGCGCCAGCUCCAACGAGUGCAAUCCGUGAGUCAGCUUGGCGCCUGAACCGCGCAUGGCGCAACGGCGGAGAGAAUGCGCACCUCACGGCACCCUCUAGGGAAAAUUCCGGCGAAUUUGCGACGCCAACAGCUGACGGCUCCGCCGUCUACAUCGUUCGCUUGAAUGCCGCACCUCCCCUUUGCGAAUACCACGGCGGAAUCGUGGGCUACCCUGCCACGGCCACGUGGGACGACGGCAGCGACGAGGAGGACAGUGAGGCCGUUCCGCAAAUGAUUCUCCCCGCCGGCAAUUCUGCCGCCGCAGUAGGCGGCGAAACCGUCGAUCUGGACGACACCGACGGCGACCAGCUGCUCUCAAACACGACGGCGCCAUCCCCGCCCGCAAACGGCACAUCAGACGCCGCUGCAACUCCCAGCGCUCGCGGCGGUCACGGUGGCAGUGGUAACGGUAACGGAGGUCGUAACGGUGGCGGCGGGUACCCGCGGCACCGGCUGAGUCUGAGCAUGGACCGCCCCCAGGUGGCAGCGUUCGCGGGGCUGCUGCAGCGGCAGCAGGCGCAGGUGGCAUCUGAGGCGGGCGUACCCGAGGACGGGCUGCUCUACAGCUACAAGCACACGUCCAACGGCUUCGCCGCGCGCCUCAUGGCGCGUCAGCUGUGGCGGCUGCGGCGCCACCCCGCCGUGGCGUCCGUCCGCGCCAGCCGCGUGUUCCGCCGGCAGACCAGCGACUCGCCCCAGUUCCUGGGGCUGCCCGGGAAGGUGUGGCCGGCAGUGGGCGGGCAGAGCAAGGCGGGCGAGGGCACGGUGGUGGGGAUCGUGGACACGGGUAUCUGGCCCGAACACCCGUCCUUCAGCGAUAAGGGCCUCUCCUCACAGCUGCCCGCGGGGUGGAAGGGCAAGUGCGAGCAGUCGAGCUCGUUCCGGUGCAACAACAAGGUGAUCGGCGCCAAGGCCUUCUAUGCCGGCUUCCAGCAGAGCAGCGGCAAGCCCGUGUUGACCAACGACUGGCUCUCGCCGCGAGAUGCGGACGGCCAUGGCACGUGGUGCGCGGGGGCAGCCGCGGGGAACCCCGUGAAGGUAAAGGGCGGCGGGCAGGUGAGCGGCAUGGUGCCGGCAGCGCGCAUUGCGGCGUACAAGGUCUUCUGGACGGAUGGCAACGGGGACAUGUACGCCACGGAGCCAGACAUCAUCGCAGCCGUCAAUCAGGGCGUGGCGGACGGUGUGGAUGUGCUGUCGCUGUCUCUGGGCGGCGUGAAUCCCGAGGACAACUAUUUCAACGAUCUCUCUUUCAUGCGCGCGAACACUGCCGGCGUGUUUGUCACAUUUGCUGCCGGAAACGCUGGGCCUCCCGGGCGUGGAGGGUUCUACCGCACGCUUGACAACUUCGCGCCCUUCUAUCUCACCGUUGGCGCCAGCACCAUUGCCCGAGGCGGCGCCUCCCUCGCCUCCUCAACGGCUGGCGCUCAGUCGCUCUCUCACGGUGCCACCACCAGCACCAACGGCACGGAUGGCAGCACAAGCGGCAACUUCAAUGGCAACGGCACGGACGGCAGCAGCAGCACCGUUCUGACCACUGACGGCGGGAUCACAUUCACCACUGCAUCCUCGUCCGCCCCCGUGGUGGCUGACUUCUCUUCCCGCGGCCCCCUGCUGCAGCCGUCCGCCACGGCCCAGCCGCCCAAGCCAGGCAACGCCAUCAUGAAGCCCGACAUCAUCGGCCCCGGAGUCGACCUCGUAGCCGCUGCUCCCGGCAACCAACCCGGCGACCCUGAUGCCCUCGCCCGCAUGUCGAGCACUUCCAUGGCCACCCCUCAUUUAGCCGGGCUAGCCGCUUUAAUCAUCCAGAAGUACCCCAACUGGACCCCGGCGCAGGUGAUGUCAGCGCUGAUGACGAUGGCGCGGGUGACGGACACGAGCAAGAGCGCCAUCAAGAGUGCGACGGGCGGGGAGGCCACCCCAUGGGAGAUGGGCGCAGGCCACGUGUUCCCCCCGGCCAUGCUCGACCCCGGGCUCACCUACGAUGCCCGCGACCGCGACUACCAGAACUUCCUGGCCGGGCAGGACCUCAACCGCGCCAAAAAGGAGUUCCCAGGGGCGGCGCUCUCCCCUCUGGCUGUGCGCAACCUCAACCUGCCCACCAUCACUCUGCCUCGCCUGCAGGGCUCCCUGCAGGUCACCCGCACCGUCACCAACGUGGGGCAGACCCGGUCCACAUACAGUGUAUCUGGGAAGCCCCCACAGGGCGUGAAGGUGACUGUGGGGCCUAGGAGCCUCACGCUGGCUCCCGAGGAGAAGGGGACCUACACGGUGACGGUCACGGUGGAUACCCCCAGUAAUGACUUCAAGUAUGGGUAUCUAGUAUGGGCUGAUGACCAGGGCCACAGCGUGCGGUCCCCCAUCGUGGUGCAGCCCAUCUCCCGUUGA